AUGCGGAAUAUCCUACCUCACAGGAUUAGCCACCUAGGCAAGCAUCAUGACUCCACGAAAGAACCUUCACGCAACUCGAGCCCAGCGAGAGCACCUGUGGCCCAUUCGAACGGCGACAAGCCACUAAUCCUCAAGGUCUACGUGAUCCGAGGCCGCAGUCUUGCGGCUAAGGAUAAGUCAGGUACCAGUGACCCAUACCUUGUCGUUCAUCUGGGUGGCUCUAAGCAGAGCACACCUUCAAUCAGCAAGAACCUUAAUCCGGAAUGGAAGGUCUGUUUCGAUCUACCCCUGGUCGGCGUCCCCCUCCUCGAAUGUGUGUGCUGGGACAAGGAUCGUUUCGGCAAAGACUACAUGGGAGAAUUUGACAUUGCUGUAGAAGACAUAUUUGCAAGAGGAGGUAUUCAAUCAGAGCCCAAAUGGUACAAACUAAAAUCCAAACGCAAAUCCAAGGGCCAAAAGGCAAGCGUGUCAGGAGAGGUGCAGAUGCAAUUCAGUUUGGUCGAUUCCGCGAAUCUUUCAGCCAGCCCCGAGGAUAUUAUGCGAAAGUUCAGAUCCCAAAUCAUGGCCGAGGAAGAGGACGAUGAGUUACAGCUAUCCAUUUCACGUCAGACGUCUUUCAACGACGAGGACGCGGACGAUGACGAUCUCGAUUCUAUUGAUGAAGGCGAGACUGACAGUCAGUCAGAUGUGAGCUCCGUUACAGACAAGAAGAAAAAGAAGAAGAAACUUGCUAUACUACGCCGGAAAAGUAUUGCUGCUCGUGCCUACGAAUUCGUCGGCAAGGAGAGUGACAUCUCCGGCAUGAUAUUCAUGGAGCUUGUCAAGGUUGCAGAUCUCCCUCCUGAAAAGAACAUGACACGCACCUCCUUCGACUGCGAUCCUUUCGUUGUCACUGCACUGGGCAGGAAAGUCCUCAGGACCAAGGUCGUCAAGCAUAGCUUGAAUCCUGUGUAUAACGAAAAGAUGGUCUUCCAGGUGUUGAAGCACGAACUCAAUUACUCCAUGACUUUUAGCAUCAUGGAUAAGGACAAUCUAUCUGGGAAUGAUUUCAUUGCUUCAGGUGUCUUUUCACUUGCGAGGCUUACCGAAACCGCACCGGAACCAGACCCUACUACUGGGCUGUACAUCUUGCCUGAGCCUCAAGAAUACUCGGUUCCUCCGCCACAAUCCAAGUCAAAGUUUCGCCUUCCUCUGUCGAGAUCGUCGUCUUCUCAAAACAUAAAGCAAGAUGCUCGAUCUGAGAUGCAGAAGAACGAUGCUCAAACGAACCUAAAUGGUGCUCGUCCCCCUUUCAUGAAACGGGAGUCUGACUCAGGUGCCAACGGUGGCGUAGGUUCGAGCAUUUAUCGACAUGGGCCGACAAGCGUGCCUUCCACCGCCAGUGUAGAGAGUGAGGACGACAAGCCAUCGCCUCAAGAUCCAUCUAUGCAACUCUACACCAUUCCUCUCGAAUUACGUAAUCAGGAUAGAUGGGAAGAUAAACAUUUCCCUAAAUUGUACUUGCAAGCUCGGUUCCUGCCUUACAACGCCCUGCGCCAGCAAUUUUGGAGAGCUAUGCUCAAGCAAUAUGACGCCGACGACAGCCGAAGAAUCAGCAAGCUCGAGUUGACCACAAUGUUAGAUUCCCUCGGAUCGACACUACGAGAAUCAACUAUCGACGGCUUCUUCAGACGCUUCGCUUCAGGAAACGAGGAACUUGAUCAAGCAGAUAUCACUAUUGACCAAGCUAUAAUAUGUCUAGAAGAGCAGUUGAUGAAAUCUAAUCAGAAGCCUUCACUUUCGUCCAAGGUCAAAGGUGCUAUGCACAUGCAGUCAUCGGUCUCCAAUGGAGAAACGUCUGCUACGAACCCUCCUCAACCAGAAACGAGUACUCAGCGAGCGACCAACGAGAGCAGCAGCCGUACUGCUGUUCCCUCGAUAUCGAUUCCGAACCAUGGCAAAGCAGGAGAGGAUGGCGAUAUUCUAUCUCCUGACGACUUGGCUGACGAUGACAAUAGCGAAGAGCAUGUCAUUGAGGUUCGUGAGUGUCCCAUCUGUCAUCAACCCAAGCUCAACAAGCGUGCCGACGCAGAUAUUAUCACACACAUAGCAACGUGUGCUAGUGAGGACUGGCGGUCUGUCAAUAAUCUUGUUAUGGGAGGCUUUGUCACGCAAUCCCAGGCGCAGCGAAAAUGGUAUUCAAAGGUCAUCAACAAGGUCAGUUAUGGCGGCUACAAGCUUGGAGCUAAUUCCGCCAAUAUUCUUGUUCAAGACCGAAUCACUGGUCAGAUCAAUGAAGAGCGCAUGUCUGUCUAUGUACGACUUGGUAUACGUCUGCUCUACAAAGCUCUGGGUAGUAGAGAGAUGGAAAAGAAGAGGAUCAAAAAGAUGCUCAAGUCGUUGUCCAUCAAGCAGGGCAGAAAGUACGAUGAUCCAGCUUCAGCAUCACAAAUCGAGGGUUUCAUCGCUUUUCAUCGACUUGAUAUGUCCGAGAUGUUGUUGCCUGUGUCAGAAUACAGGAAUUUCAAUGAAUUCUUUUACCGUGCCCUAAAGCCCGGUGCACGGCCAUGCUCAGCGCCAGAUCGGCCGGAAAUUGUUGUGAGCCCUUCGGAUUGUCGGACCACAGUCUUCAAUACGAUAGACGAUGCAACCAGAAUUUGGGUCAAAGGCCGGGACUUUUCAAUCGAGAAACUUUUCGGCGACGCCUACCCUCUCGAUGCUAAACGUUACAAGGGCGGCAGCAUGGGUAUUUACCGUCUGGCACCUCAAGACUACCACCGGUUUCACAUUCCUGUCGAUGGCGUGCUAGGUACACCAAAAACGAUCGAAGGUGAAUAUUACACUGUCAAUCCUAUGGCCAUCAGAUCUGCACUCGACGUGUACGGUGAGAACGUUCGUGUCAUCGUUCCCAUUGAUUCAAUUGCUCAUGGUCGUGUUAUGUAUGUUUGUAUUGGUGCCAUGAUGGUUGGCAGCACUGUGAUCACACGCAAGGCAGGUGAAAAGGUCAAGAGAGCUGAAGAACUAGGGUAUUUCAAGUUUGGUGGUAGCACGAUUCUUUUGUUCUUCGAACCUGGUCAGAUGGUUUACGAUGAUGACCUAAUCGACAACAGCAAGGGUGCUUUAGAGACACUGAUUCGUGUCGGAAUGUCUAUUGGCCAUCGUCCCGAAGUCGAACCACAUAGACCUGAUAUGCAGAAGGAUGCCAGUGAAGUCACCAACGAGGAAAGGCAAGAGGCCAAGCGUCGUAUCGAGGGCAGCCUUGCUCCAGACAUGAAAGCAAGCGACCUACCACUGGGAUUGCAAGCUCAGUAG